CACAAUAGAGGAUCUUAACUCGAAAACUAGGCCAGAUCGACCUUGACCCCUGUUCCUUAGCACACGACUCGGAGCAGUAAGAAGAAGUUUUCAUACGAUCAAACUUCUAUAAUAAUCUAUAUAUAUAUUUGAUCACACAUAUUCUCAUCUCUCUCUACUCUAUUCUGCGCACAAUUGCACUAGCAGCCGCUAACAAUGGCGGAACCUUCCUUUUUUAUUCGCGGUCCUCGUCAUUACAAGAAGAAAUUUGUUGCAGAAGGUAGUAGCAGCAGUAGUUCGUCGUUUUUAGACACUGAUAUCAUUGAAAUUUCACCGCCUCCUGGCCCUCCUCCUAUGUGGGAAUCCAAGCCUCCCAAACAAAAAUUGAUUGUUGGCCAUGAGAUAAUUGCUGUUGAAAAUGAAGAUCCUGAUGAUGUUGUUGUCAUUGACGAGAAAGUUGCCGUUAAUGGCAAAGGAAAGAAACCUAUGCUGAAUUAUUUUCCUGGAGAUGAGGUGAUUAGCCUUGAUGGAUUGCCUUCCUCACAAACAAAGGAAUAUGUCAAAGGGAAUAUGAGUCCUCUAUUAUCUUCUAUUGAUGAUGACUUGGAUCGACUUGAUGUAUUUUACGGUGAUCAUCAGUAUGAUAUGCAGCAAUCUUAUAUUGAUAGUUUAAACAUUCGAUCUGGAACAGAAGCUACCAUCCCCAUGUGGCCAGCUUCAGCGGCAAGUAAGAAACAUGAAGUACCUGCGAACAACUCGUCUCUAUUUGGCACACCGAACUAUUCUAAUAUCAGUAGUUCGAAAGUGGAUGACUUCAAAUCAGCGAGUUCCGUUAAACCUUCACCUUAUAAAAAUCAUAUGUCUAAAUCUGCUAGUUUCUCCAGGUCUCCGAUUACUUCAAGACAUGACCUACCUAGUUUUGUAGAAGCUACCAUCCCCAUGUGGCCAGCUUCAGCGGCAAGUAAGAAACAUGAAGUACCUGCGAACAACUCGUCUCUAUUUGGCACACCGAAUUAUUCUAAUAUCAGUAGCUCGAAAGUGGAUGACUUCAAAUCAGCGAGUUUCGUUAAACCUUCACCUUAUGAAAAUCAUAUGUCUAAAUCUGCUAGUUUCUCCAGGUCUCCGAUUACUUCAAGACAUGACCUACCUAGUUUUGUAAUUCCACCAAUGCCUCAGGGGUCAUUUGCACAUAGCACAAUGAAGUCAGCUACUUCAAGCAGUCCAUAUUACCCCCAUUCUGGCGGAAAUGCAUAUAACGACUGGUUGCCAUAUCCUGUUCACGUCAAUCAAAAUCCUAUUGUUACUAGCACUUACCUACCUAUUGAAUCUCUCCCUAGAGACAGUAUAAGUCUUGAGGAUAUUAUUUCUGCAAAAAUUUCACCACCCUCCACUUAUGGGCAAGGCAAUUCUAGCUCAGAUUCUAUUUUGAAGAAGCUGGAACUUUUUAAGAAAUUUGAUACUUUAGGAGAUCAUUUAGGUCAUUACUAUGACAAGAUAAAAACAUCCUUCAAGCCGUCCGAUAGCUGGGCAAAUAAAAUUGCAGAUGAGUGGAGGAUGCUGGAAAAGGAUUUGCCAGAUACAAUAUUUGUUAGGGUCUACGAGGCUAGGAUGGAUCUUUUGAGGGCUGUCAUGAUUGGAGCAGAUGGUACACCCUAUCAUGAUGGCCUCUUCUUCUUUGAUGUUCAUUUCACUUCCUCCUAUCCAACUAAUCCACCACUUGUAAAUUAUCAUGCUCACGGCCUCCGAAUUAAUCCUAAUUUAUACAAUUGUGGUAAAGUAUGCCUGAGUCUUCUGGGCACUUGGAGUGGAACAGGAGUUGAGCAAUGGCGUCCUUGUAAGUCAAAUAUGCUACAAGUCCUUGUCUCAAUACAAGGGCUUAUCUUAAAUGCAGAGCCUUUCUAUAAUGAGCCUGCUUAUGAAACGACCAAAAAUUCCAUUUAUUGUAAAGAAGAGUCCAGGGAUUACAGUGAAACAACCUUUCUUCUAUCACUGAAAACAAUGCUUUACACGAUGAGGAACCCGCCAAAGCAUUUCGAGGACCUUGUUUACGGGCAUUUCCACAAGCGCGCUCAUGAUAUACUGGAAGCAUGUAGAGCAUACCUCAAAGGUGUUGAAAUGGGGAGUUUUGUCAAAGGCAGGAUCCACGGAACAACCAAAACUUGCUCUCAACUUUUCAAGACGAAUUUGCCACUGUACAUCAAAACUCUCGUGGAAGCUUUUACUAAAAUUGGUGUCAAGGAUUGCGAGAAGUUUUUAAUCAGCUAAGCAGUUAGAGGAAUUCGGUCGACUUUCGGGGACACAGGGAGGCAAAACUGCGUUCCUUACAACCGGUAAUUUUGGACUUAGGAUCAAUGGAAGCUUGGUAUAUAUUCUCACUAAUGCUAAUUAUCCCUUAAUGUUAUUGUGUAUAGGCAUAGGUAAUUUUGGGGAUAGCACUAGGUGGUAAGAAUGUGGUUAGUAAAAAACUUAUUUAUUUCCACAUUUCUUCUUUUGGUUGGAGCUUAGUUUUUGACAUUAUUAGCAGAAAAUGUUCAAUUUUAUAUCAACUAUGAUUUUGUUGCUAGAAUUAUAUUCGUUAUUAGUGAAGUAGAAUUAUUUUUGAUGAA